AUGACAUCCUACCUACCCGGCCUCCCGGACCUUCGCAGAGACAACAUCGCGUUGUACACCAUUCCAGCCUUCUGGCUCAUCGCCGUCACACCCCGCUUCUUAAGCAUGAGACUCUACGAGAGACAAACGGGCGCCAAAUUCGAUCCUCGCGCCCCACGCAACUUCACCGUGAGCGUAGCCCAUGCCUCGAACUUAGACCAAGAUACCAAAGGCUUCAUAUUGCGGGGCGAAGCGGCCAUGCUGAACAGCUUUGAGAACUUUGGCCCAUUCACAGCCGCUGUGGUAGCUGGAAGUGCUGCAAAGCUGAAUCCCGCGACUCUGAACGGCCUAACGAUCGUCUACCUGGGCUCGAGAGUGGUGUAUAAUUGGGUGUAUAUGAACAGCACCACAAUUGGAAUGGGUUAUGCCAGGAGCCUGUCAUAUUUGACCGGACUGGGAUGUUUGUUCGCUAUGUUCAUUCAAGCCGGAACGAAGUUCAAGAAUGCUGUGCUGUAA